UUUUCACAAGGAUAGAAACUUUGAUUUAUAUCUGCCGCUGCAUAAUGAGUUUCUUUGGUUUUUAGUUCUUUGGUGGAAGUGGUUGGUUGCGUCGGGAGUGAACAAAGUUUUCUUCCUUUCUUCAACGAAUAUGGCGGAUCAAAGUGAGCGCUCGUUUCAAAAACAGCCAACAAUAUUUCUUAACCGUAAAAAAGGCUUAGGUGCCAAGAAACGGAAGUCUCUCCGUUACACUCGUAACAUUGGUUUGGGUUUUAAAACACCAAGAGAGACAGAGAAGGCAUUCCAAAAGCAGCCGCACCUCAACCUUAACCGGAAAACUGGGUCAAAGAAGAAAGUUCUUAGGCGCCAUCGUAAUAUUGGUCUUGGUUUCAAGACCCCGCGAGAGGCAAUUGAGGGUACGUACAUAGACAAGAAGUGCCCAUUUACUGGAAAUGUGUCCAUCAGAGGGCGUAUUUUAACUGGUGUUGUGCAGAAGAUGAAAAUGCAACGUACUAUUGUUAUCAGGCGGGACUACCUGCACUACAUUCGUAAAUAUAAUAGGUUUGAGAAACGCCACAGGAAUAUGUCUGUCCACUUAUCACCUUGCUUCAGGGAUGUGGAGAUUGGCGAUGUGGUAACUGUUGGUGAAUGCAGACCUCUUAGUAAAACUGUUCGCUUCAAUGUUCUAAAAGUGUCGAAAGGAACAAGUGCAAAGAAGAGUUUCAAGAAAUUCUAACUGUAUGGAUUCCAAUCAAAAUAAAAACAUAUAAAUUAGGA